AUGAAUUGGGGAAUUCCCGAACAUCUUCAUGGCAAUUCAAGAAGAUUCUACAUUAAUAAUCGUCGUCACAUUAUCAAAAAUCAUGAGUAUGCAAUAAAAUAUCCUCCAUUUAAACCAGAUUAUUGGCAAGGUCAUUUCAUAGAUCGUACAACGACCAUCAGAUCAUUAAAUGAAUUCAUUGAAUUAGCAAAAACUUCAGAAUCAUUCAUAAUUGAUACCGAAGGAACAGCACGGAAAGGAUUUAAUAAUAUACCAUCACUUAUUCAAAUACUAUUAACAACAAAAGAAGAAACAUCUGUUGUAUUGAUAAUUGAAUAUUGUCAUUUGCCAAAAGACAAUACAAUGAGAUUUAAAAAAAUUGAAGAGUUAAUGAAAACAGUUCUGACAUCCCAACGACCAAUAUACGUAUGGGGAACAUUGUAUGAACUUUUGGACUUCAUGCGUAUUUGUGGCCGUCGAUGGCUUGAUGGUCGUCCAUAUGUUCAUGUACAAGAUGAAUUCCAAAGAUACUACAUAGACAAUUAUGAUAAACAAUCGAAUCCUGACAGUUGGUCUUUACAAGAUGCAAUGGUCGUAGUUGAACAAUCAUUUUUAAAUAAAGCUCCAAGAAAAGGACGUUUUACUAGUGGUUUUAAUCCACGAUUAUUCGAGGAUCAAUCAGAAGAAUUAGUUCAACAGAAAGCCGAAUGGGCAACAUAUGCUGCAAUGGAUAUCCUUGCUGUACAACGUUUAUUAAAAUUAACGAACAUCAACGCACAAUGUCAACUAGCUGCACCAACAAUUACACAGCCGCAAAUCUCAAACGGCACCGAAUCAACACCAUCACUUAUGCAACCGUCUCCAGCAGCAGUAUUCCUAAUAUCAUCAACCAUUCUCCAAUCUACAAUAGAUCAGUAUGAAAAUAUUUCCGAUGAGGAGGAACAAAAACGACCUCUGACACCAAUAGAAUAUGAACAUCUUUCACGAGACGCUGACAUUGCAUUACCGUCACCACAACCGCAAUUUUCCAACGACAUUUCAACACCACAAUUAGAAACACCUCCACAAACCAUCAAUACCGGAACUCAAGAACGUCUAGUUAUAAUGGCACCAGAUGAAGAUUCACAGUUAGAACCAGUUUUGUCCUCACGACCACAAGUUGCUGAAAUAUCAUCUCGGUCCUCUUCACCUCUGUCUCCCCGUUCACCAUCAUCAAAAAAUCAGCAGUUACCAUCACAAGCUAAAUUAAAAUCUAAACCUAAAUUGACUGAUGAACAACGACGUCAAAAAAAUAAAAGAAUGACACAAAAACAGCGUAAACGACAGAGGAAAAACGAAAUAGUGUUAAACAAUCCAGAUUAUCGAUUUUCAUUUCAUAAUAUUAAAGAACUCUUAGACACUGCAAAUGUCCCUUACACUAAUCUAAAUACAGCACAUCGUAAUAAAAAUCGACAUCUUUUUAUCGCAUUUCACGACGAUACGCAACGACAGAACUACUCGCAAUUGUUAACCAAAUACUGGUUCUCUCGUCAGCAUUGGGAACAUUUACAUCCACCUUCGACACACAGCCAUAGUUCAACGUUCACAACAACCGAUUAUACAAGAUAUCAUAGACAUUGA